GGAUUUUCUGUACUCAACGUUCAGCUCUGACCCUCACAUAUCAUUCACCUGCCGUAGGCAUGGACUCCCUCAACGCUCUUUCGAGCGAUACUCAAGAGCGGACGUUUUGUAAAUGGCUAAACACCAAGCUAGAAUCCAAUGGAUAUCCCCCAAUGAUUUCUCUCGUGAGAGAUCUGUCAGAUGGCGUGCGGCUCAUUCAGCUUAUGGAGAUCAUGGGCGAUGUUUCUCUGGGUCGCUACAAUCGAACACCCCGUAUGCGUGUGCAAAAGGCGGAGAACGUGAACAAAGCCUUAGAAUUUAUUACCUCCCGUGGCGUGAAGUUAACUAACAUUGGGCCAGAAGACAUUAUCGAUGGGAAUCUCAAACUCAUACUGGGCAUGAUAUGGACCCUCAUUCUCCGCUUCACCAUUGCAGGCAUCAGCGAGGAGGGUCUAUCGGCAAAGGAAGGUCUUCUUCUUUGGUGUCAACGCAAGACCGCUCCGUACAAAGAAGUAGAUGUCCUGGAUUUUUCGUCAAGUUGGUCUGACGGCCUUGCACUAUGUGCAUUGAUACAUUGCCAUAGACCCGAUCUCCUAGAUUAUGAUAAACUCGACAAGAGCGACCGCCAUGGAAAUACUCAACUAGCAUUCGAUGUAGCUGCUGAGCAUCUCGGUAUACCUCAACUUUUGGAAGUUGCUGAUUUAUGUGAUUCAAGUCGUCCCGACGAACGCAGUGUGAUGACAUACAUUGCCAGUUUCUUCCAUGCUUUCUCGUCCAUGGAUCAGGCUGAAACAGUGUCUCGCCGUCUCGAGAAAUUUGCCGAAUUGAUGCAGUCUAUCUGGGUCAGCCGAAAUGAUUAUGAACGGCGUGUCCGAGCCCUUCUUCACGCUCUGAGGGAGAUUCAAGAACAUUGGGCAGUUGUUAAGUUUGCUGGCACAUAUGCAGACGCAAAGGAACAUCUGGCCAAUUUUGCGAUGUACAAGCAGACCAAAAAGCGCGCAUGGGUCACAGAAAAACAGGAUGUAACAACCCUUUUUGGAAACGUGCAAACGAAGCUCAAGACGUACCGGCUUCGAGAGUACAUCGCACCACACGGAGUCGCGUUAUCGGAUGUUGAUGACGCUUGGAAUAAAUUGUUGGCUUCUGAAGCCAAGCGAUCUCGGGCAAUCAAUGCUGAGAUUCGAGAAAUCAAAGAGUCUCUCAGAAAGAAAUUCGCUACCCUGGCCAAUGAUUUCCAAAUGCGCCUUCAUGCAGUGUCUACAGAGCUGUCUGCUAUUGAUGGGCCACUGGAGGAUCAACAGCACCAGGUCGACCGCUUACAAACUCGAAUACCUGCGCUUUCGGAAGCACUAGCCAAAGUAGAGAGCGCAGAAGCCGAGUGCAUCGCUGCGAAAGUCGAAGAGAAUGAUUAUACGAUCUUCACGUGUCAAGAUCUGGAGUUCGAGCUGGAGCUCGUCGUGCAGGGUAUUGCAAAGAAGAUCGCAUUUAUUGAUAAUCAGAUUGUGUCCAGGAAUAUGACCAACCUUACUCCUGCUCAAUUGGAGCAAUUUGAGAGCACGUUCCGAUACUUUGAUCGCGACGAGUCAAACACACUCAACCAGUCUGAGAUGACUGCUGCGCUAGCCAGUUUGGGCAUCGUGUAUACGGACGAAGACAUGGACAUCAUUUACGAUCAGUUGGUACAAGACUAUGGCGCGGUUACAUUCGAAGCCUUUAUCAAUCUUCUCGUGGAUAUCACAGAAGACCAGACCUCGCUCGACCAGCUGCGGGAGGUCUUCCAAGGUGUUGCAGCUAACAAGCCAUAUGUCACCGAGCUGGAUCUCCGGUUAGCACACAUCCCAGCGAGCGCUAUCGACUACCUGCGGGAGGCGAUGCCAGCUACGCGAAACGGCGCAGGAGAACCGGAAUAUGAUUAUGAGGCGUGGCUGGACAAGGUGUUUGAGUGACAGUUGUAGCAUCCUGGUUGACUGACGAUUGUGCUGGAACGGACCAUUGGGGUCCGUCAAAAGACUCUUGUUAUGUUGUUGUACUCCUGAUCAACCGUGUAUCAUAUAGACCAAUGUUAGUAACAUCAAUCAGUUGUGUC